UAACCCACGACGUCGACUGUUAAGUGUUUUCUUAACUGGAGCUUGUGGUACGAGUCAAAUGAGUCUCUUGCCGGCGACUAUCUGCUGGCUUACGUCUCCUAUAAUCUGUUCUUGACCAAGGGGCCAAGCUUUCGCAACGGUCGAAUAAGACAGAAGAAUGUCGCACAGAUCAUCGGACGUCUACUCUCGGCGCCCUUUCGGCGAUGAUCGCCGAGUUCCUGAAUCUCGAGACCACCGCCGUGAGAGUCUCCAGAGAGUAGGGUCCGAUUCCUCUAGGGCAGAUAGAUAUCGAAAGGACAGUGACACAUCAGCGAGAGACUCUCUCCGCAACCAGUCUGACAUAUCUUCCCUGGGGACACCAUCUUUGAGUCCCACCGUGAAGCCUCACCUCGUUCGUUCUUCACGAUCUGAAAAUGGGAUCAAGAUCUCAGCAUCGGCCUCGCAGUCAUCCGCGGAAAGCCCUAGCCCCGGAAGCACCCUAAGCACGAGGCUCAUCAGCUUGCUCAAACAGCAUGAUGCCGCGGUGAUUGAGGUGGCCAGACUUCGAGCUGAGCGGGAUCCUCUUGAAAAGGUCUGGAAAAAGCGGCAAGAAGAAUAUGAGAAAUCAAAGAUCAAACACGCCGAGUUUCCCUCUGUGCCCGAGGUGCAAAACCUGCAUAGGGUUAAGUACGGCGAACGUCUACGUUACCUUGACGCCGAAAUACGGAAAGCUCAGGACAUUGUCGACGAGACGGGGCGUUCUAUAGCUCUAGCCGUUUCUGGAUGUUCCGAACCCACGGUCCCCUUGCAGCCGCAGGAGCCGUCAAAAAGCCGGCUCGCCGAGAUAAGCGAGCUUCGAUCGGAAUUACGCAAAAUCAAGGCUGGACGCUUACAGGAACGAAGCGGCUUCGAAGCCGAACUUGAGAGGCGCUUUGCCGAGUUGAAGGAGCAGCUGACGAAGCAGUUCACGAAACAGCUGAGCGAGCAAAGGGAGAAGAUCGUCACGGGCCUGAGUGAGAUGAAGGAAAUUAAGGCCAUGAGAAGCAUGAAGGAGGAGACAGUGGAAGAAGUCGAGCAACAACUGCGUGCGGCGCGCGAGGAGCUUGACAAGCGGCUCUCGGACGGCCUCGAAGCUGUGACAAGUGCAAAAGCCUCCACUCUUGCGCAGAAGGAAAUGUCCGCUUUGCGAACCGACUAUUCUGGUCUUCUGAAACGGGUGGAUGACCUUACCCAACAGUUGUCCCGAAAUGCCCAAGACACUAUCUACCUUCGUGGCGAGCUCACCGAGCAGCUUGCACAGAGCAACCGACGCAUUGCCUCUCUUAGCAAGGAUUUGUCGGCCUGUGUCCAGCGGGUAGAAGUUGAAGCUCGGAAAGUCGAAGAGCACGAAGAAAAGCUGUCAGGCCUCGACGCCGAAGCCCUUGAGGGCGUUGCCGAGAAAAUGUCGAUCGAGUUCCCCGACUUGCAGAGAAAAAUGGCGGGUAUCCAAGCCAAGAUGGACGGCACCAUUUCGCGCCAGGAAGUGGAAUCCAAGCAGAACAGCUUGCUUGCCAGAGUCCAACGAUACGUCACAGAAAGCGGGGAGAGCUUGGCUCAAAUGGUGGAUGCGGUACAAAAGGCCACGGCAGAACAGUCUGUCCAGAUUGAAGAACUGAAGAAGGCCUCUAUAAGUACCGCGAGGGUUGGCGCGGACUCCGAACCAAACCAAGCGACAAAAGCUGAGUUCGAGACAAUCAGUUCGGACAUAGCUUCUAUCAAAUCCGAAUUUGAUGCAACCAGAAUGACAGUCGACAAGCUUAGCAAAGACGUCUCAAUCAUUAUCGACGAGGACCUCAAAAAUCAACUCGAGAUGGUUCGACUCUCGAUCAAAGUGCUAGACUCGCAGUUUAGCAAUCUGUCGACCAAGUCGCUGGCUGAGCAUAUCAUCGGACAACUCGGGCAGAUCUACCCGAAUGCUCAACAAAUUAAUGCUGACAUUGAAGCUUUGAAAACCAUGAUCAGCAACCUUGCUUACCGCAUGGUCCAACUCGAGAGGCAGACGGAGGACCUAAGACGCGCUCAAAUUAUGUCUUGCAGCUGCCGGGCGAAAACUUGUGCUCCGGAAACCAACUCGUUCGACAUGUUAAAGGUGUCGAACAUGCAGGAUUCUAAUUUGAGAAACCUCAACGACAAUGCUCAGCCAGUUCUUAAACGGAGGAGGACGGACUCGGUGCUAAACGCGGAUGAACAUCUUUUGGCAGUACCUAACGGAACCAAUCAGACGGGAGGUUGAGGAUUGUGAUCACAGUCCUAGAAGCGGAUACAUUGUGGCAGAGAUGAGGCUGAGCUCAUGUUUGUUUCAAUCUCGUGUUUGGGGCUGGGACUGGACAUAUGUACGAAUAUAUGCCAUUACCGAGGCGACGCUUGUGGAUUGGUUGUUUGAUGGGCGCUGCAAUACUGCAUAGGCACUUGUCGGAUUCCUUGUGCGGUUAUUCAAUCACUCAUUUAAUUGCUUACUAG